AUGGCAUCGGGCAGAGAGGAAGGUCCCGUUUACUACAGAGAAAUACAAAAAAACGCAUAUUUGAAAAGGAUACCAAAUGACGUCACUGGCAGCAAACUCAGACCCCUAGGUGGCAAAAAAUUACCUUUAAAAGCAAUGUGGACCCAAUUCUGCGUUCAUAACGGCCGGACUCCGUACCUCGAACAAUACCCGGACGCGGAAUCUCCAGCUACUCUCACUCAUAAACCAGUUUGGAGAGCUUGUCUGCUCACAGCGAGACACGUAACAGCCAGUGUGAAGCCCCACAGCGGGGACCAGUAUGACUUCCUGAUUGAUACAGACCUUGGAGCAGUCAGAAUGCUGGCACCUGAUUGGGAGUCGAUGCAAGACUGGGUGAGCACCCUCCGCAACACUCUGCACGAGCUGAAGGUGCUGUCGAAGGGCGAGAACGUGUACUGCGUGCCUCCGGUGGCAGCGCCCCCCGCCCCCCCGCGGGCUCUGGCGCGCGACCCCACGUCGCCGCUGCCCCCCACGCCGCCAACGCCCCCCGAUAGGGUCCCCGGCAUCGAACUGGCACCCACUCGAACGAUAACCGAACCAACUAGACAACCAGAACCAAAUAUUCCUGCCGCAAUAGUCACUCCAGAACCAUCCCCUACGGAAACACAACCAACUCCUGAACCCCCACAAGAAAACAUUGACAUAUCAAAUUGGGACUCUUCGCACACAUUUUCUUCUUUACCAAGCACGAGUCAGGGAAGACCUGAAUCUGGAAACGAGUCUAAGAAGAAUCUCGACUCUCGAAAGGGUGUGGCUAAGAUCUGUGGUCAGAACAUUUGUUUGGAUGAUUCACUGUUCAAGAGAACGAGCACUGAGAGUGAUGAAGAAUUCUUUGCUGAAAUUGAUCGGAUGACAGAUGAUGAGUCGGAAAAUGAUUUUAAACAGAGAGUCGUUGUUAGUAAUGAGGAGAAAGAGACGAAUGGAGAAUCAAGUAAUCAUCAAGCAACUAACAUUACAGUCAUACAAGUGUCAAACAAGGAGCCCCCUCACACAGCAAUACCCGUUUUGGGUCCAGAAACGGACGUUUUCAACUUUGACUUCAAACAGCAAGUCACAAUCACCGAACGAGCCAGUCCCAACUUUGUAAAUAUAGUCAAUACCGAGCAGAACGACUACGGGACGACUUUUGGAACGGCUAAGAACGAAUCAGAGUACGGUCAUUUGAGUCUUACAACAACAGUAAAUCUCACAGGAACGAAUGAUUCGAACUUCGAAAACCAGCCGACUUCGAUUCUAACGAACCAUACGACUUCGAACUCGGAAGAAGUGUACGAAAGAUUGUGCAUGGCGUCUACUUCUAACUCUAAACCUUCUCCGUUACCAGUUAAGAAGUUGAAAAGUGUUGAUAAAAGUCGGAAAUCGUCUUUGCCAAAUUUAGAAGUCGCAGAUUCCGCUUACGAAUAUUUGUUUUUGAGUAAUAAUAAUACCGGGUCGGUUAGUGUUACGAAUGAAGUCAAUUGUAACGGUGAAUCAAGGGUACAAGUCAAUUCAGGGUCGAAUAGUGACCCUAUUAAUAGAGUGAGGUCUGUAGAAAGAUCGAGAAGCCAGAACGCGUAUGAUGCUGCUCCUGGAACGCUAGAGAAUAGAAAUAGAAGAGCACCGAAUAACAGUCCAAAGAGAGAAAUAAAAAAUGAGAACACCGAAACAACACAGCCACAGAAGCCGAUAUGGAAACGAGGAUUGACGGAAUUAUCUUUGCUGACCAGGUUACGAUCUAUCGGCCAGACAAAAAAGCAAGACAGUCCGACCCGACAAGACGAUAAUCACGACAGAAGUCCCACUGUCACGUCCCCAGUGAAGGUGGUUCACAGAUCAAGAGCAGAAAACAGAGUGGACAGCACUAGGAGAAGAAGUAGCUCGUUAAGUAAUGGUCAAUCGCCCGUAAUAACUCCAAUUCCAAAUCUAAUAAGCCUCCGAACCCGUCAAGCGGCCGCCCUCCGAGCUGAACAACGCCGAGGCGCGGCGCUAGUCGCUUCUAUCUCCGUUAGGGAUUCGCUCAUCUUCGCUGACUACGACAACCAAGUGUGGGUGUCGUGGUGGGGCGCGGCGGGCGCGCGCGCGGGGGGGCGCGCGGGGGACCGCGUGGCGGCGCUCGCCGGCCGCGCGCUCCGCAGCGCCGCGCGCGCCGCGCACCUGCUGCACCGCCCCGCCGCCGGACACCACGCCGUAGACAUACAUUACCACCGGGUGCCGCUCGGUAAAAUAUACGUCAUAACCAAGAGAGAUCAAGAAAGUAUAGGUUUAAAGCUGGACGGUGAAUGCAACAUAGUUCGUGUGGAGGCGAACAGUGGGGCGGCCCGCGCUGGUCUCCCCCCUCCGGGCCACUGGGCGCUCACUGAGAUUAACAACAGACCUAUCAACUUACUUAAGGGCGGAGAAGACGACAUGAACCGACUUAGUAGACAUGGAACCGAAGUCUCCGUACUCAUCCAACCAUCAGCUUUAGUCAAGAAACUGCGCUCCGCACUCAAAGGAAACAAGACCCUACUCGGACUGAGAUAA